UUGCCCAAAGCUGUCGUCAUCAUGGUCCUAGAGCCGUCCCCCAUCCUGCAGCCAGUCAACAGCAAUCACCGCGUCUCACAGUAAAUGCAGCCGCGUACCGUGACAUUGUGGACCAACUAUUAAUGCCCCAAGUCUGAUAUUAAGAUGGCUUCUCCUCAGCCUGGCAGUCCACCUCUUGCAGAGCAAUACACACUUCCUGCACAGGAGGAUGAAGAGAGUCAACAAGAUGAAGAAGUGGCAAAGGAUCAGCCUGCAAAAAAACGUGGCAGAGGCAGGCCCCCAAAAGCCAAACCUCUCUUCAAAUGCUCUUCAUGCACAGAGGCUUUCAAAAAUCCAUCAGCUCUGCGGAGCCACAAGCUUUCAGCACACGUGAAGGAACGUCAGCAGCAGCACCAGUGUUCUGAGUGUAGUAAAACAUUCUCCAGCAAAGCUCAACUCUCAAAGCAUGAGCGCACUCACUCGGCCCUGCGUCCCUUUCAGUGUCCUGACUGUCACAAGGCGUACAAGACGCCAACAGAGCUGCGCAACCAUAGCCGCUCUCACACUGGGGAGAAACCCUUUGUAUGCACAGAGUGUGGUAAAGCCUUCAUGCAGGCUAUAUGCUUGAGGAUCCAUAUGACACAACACAGUGGGGAGCGUCCUUACUCUUGCCGUCAGUGCUCCAAAAGCUACCCAACGCUGUCCAAACUGAAGGUGCACAUGCGUUCUCACACUGGAGAGAAGCCGUACUUUUGUGCCGAGUGUGGGAAGAGCUUCGCAGAUCCCUCGGUGUUCCGGAAACACAGAAGGAACCAUCAGGGCCAUCGGCCAUAUGCCUGCGACGUGUGUGGAAAAACGUACACAGAAUUGAAAGAUCUGAAAAACCACGAGCGUUCCCACACUGGAGAAAAACCGUACCUGUGUUCAGACUGUGGCAAAGCUUUCUCACGCUCCUCCUCUCUGGCUUGCCAUCAGCGCAUCCACUCCCAGAAUAAACCAUAUCAGUGUGAGCAGUGUGGUAAAGGCUUCACUCAGCUGUCCUCCUACCAGUCUCAUCUCCGCACUCACUCUGGUGAGAAGCCGUUCCUCUGCCCACAGUGUGGCAAGAUGUUUUCCGAUCCGUCCAGUUUCCGUCGCCACCAGCGUGCUCACCUGGGUUUCAAGCCUUAUCCCUGCGAUAAGUGCUCCAAGAGGUUCCGACAGCCGGCUGAUCUGGCCGUGCACGAGCGCGUUCACUCUGGAGAGCGACCUUACAAAUGCCAGAGCUGUGACAAGGCCUUUGUUGCAUCCUGGGAUCUGCGGCGUCACAUGCUUGUCCACACCGGUCUGAGGCCCUUCUCAUGCACUGAGUGUGACAAGUCAUUUGCAGAGCGCUCCAGCCUCAACAAGCACCGCCGCGUGCACUCUGGAGAGAGGCCUUUCAAAUGUGAGGAGUGUCUGAAAUCAUUUGUUGUAUCCUCAAGCCUUCGCAAACAUGAAAGAACUCAUCUAGCUGAGCAGUCUGAGCAACAACAACAACAGCAGCAGCAACAACAACAACAGGAGACAGAGACUGGAUCAGCCUCAGGCUUCGCUGCCCACACAACCCUCCCUCAGUUCUCCUGCACACACUGUGAUGCUACAUUUGGUACCUGGGAUGAAGUUCAGGCCCACGAAAAUCUUCACUCCACUGACUCUGCUCCUUCAUCCGUCACCAAAAUUGUGCCUCUGGGAUCACAUGUCUGUGAAACCUGCCAUGCAGAGUUUGCACAGCUGGCAGAUUUGCAGGAGCACGAGAAACAGCAUCCCAAACCGAGGCCACAUGUCUGCAGCAGCUGUGGCAAAGGCUUCCUCAACAAAUCUGGACUGCGUAAACACCAGAAGAUCCACUCCACCAGCAAACCUCACAGCUGCCCCCACUGUGGCAAAGCCUUUCUGUUCGCUGCCUACCUUCGCAAGCACUUACGGACUCAUGCAGACGCUACAACAUCAGCCACCCUCUCUGACCUAAACAUUAUUCACACAGACCCUCUCCCUUCUCCUCCCCCAAGUGAGGUCUCUCCCUCCACUGUUGAACCCAGCGCUAUAUCUCUGACGGUUCCAGUGACGGUACCUGUGACCGCUUUUCAGACUCUUCCAGAGUACUUAGUCAAGGAGGAGGGACUUUAAACUUUUUUCCUUAUUUUCUUUUCAACUGUUUUGUAAUUUUAGCUCCACAUACUUUUAGCCAGUGACCUUACAUCAUUAUGAGAUGAUGGGUCAGAAAUGUUCAAAAUAACCUUUAAAUAUUCAAAAUAGUCUGUUUCGUUUGUGUCGUUAGCAUUUGCUCAUGUUUUAUACCGACAUUAUAUUUGAAAAGUGUUACAUAUGACUGUUUUAAAAUAUAUACUGUACUGUAAGUAUCCCACUAUUGAACUGUCUUAUCUGUUGUAAUAUCUUCAUUACAGUGUAUUGUGGCAAAAACACAGUAUAUACCAGCCACUGUAAAUCAUCAGUAAAAUAUAUUUCCUGUGAUUUAAAGUAAAUAUGUUUUUUUAAUGUAUUUGUAAUUGCAGCUUGUCUUAAUUUUUUUUGCAUUCUUUUGUUUUAUAUUUUGUUGAAAAAACAAUUUGAAACUGUGUCACUGUGUAGCAGUAUUGUCUGAUUAUUAAAAGAAAUUGUCAAACUUUUAAGAAUUCAGUGGCAUUAUAAAGUAUUCAAUCGAAGACAUAGCACUUUUAUACAAAUACAAUAUGUGAUAUGUAACUCAGUAAAAUUCUGUUGUUUUUCUUCUUUGCUGUUUUUGUUCGACUUAUAUUUUGUACAUAUUUUUGAAAAAAAAAACCCUCACAUGUAUUUGAUGAUGACACUUUUUACAGCACAUAAAAGACUGAACGCAAAGUAAAA